GAUUGUCAAAAAAUAAUCGACCAUAGUGUGGCAGAGAAGUGAUUCCUAUUUCGGCCAGAAGUAAAUCAGUCACCAAAUUUUUAGUGAAUAUUAUUAAGAAAAAUGUUCCAAAACAGUGCCGCACGUCUUUUGGUUCCAGCCAUCCGCAAUGGUUUGCAACGUCGUUGCCAAUCUGUCGUUGCUGGACCACCAGUUAACAAGGUGUCUUCAGCCGAAAAAAUAAUUUUGGGCGGAGGAAUGUGCGUAUCGAUGCUUGUUGUACCAGCCUGGGUGUUGCUUCAUUUGAAGGACUAUAAAGGCGGCAAGUAAAUUCAUCUGCCGAGUUGGAAGAAUUGCUUUCAGUACAUAAUAAUGUUUAUAGUUUUUGUGAAGUUGUAAAGUAAAAACAGUUAAAUAUACUACCGACCGUACAAUUUAAAUAA